AUGCGAUUUCUCGACGCACCUGCCUUGACGCGCCUGUCGGCGCUGCUCCAGCACUUGGAUGUGGGCGAUCGGGUGAUUCGAGGACGUCUCGAGCUCUUGUCCACGGCAAGUCAGUCGUGCGUGGAGCGACGGCAGUUGGCCCGAGAGAUCGAGAAGGAGAUUUCGUCGUCGCCGCUGUUUCUCGCCUCUUCCUCGCCACCUCCGAUUCUGCUCUCGUCGCCUUGUGGCGGCAAAGCUGCAGCCCUUAGGCUCCCCAAGGAUGUCAAAGAGAAGGACGCAUGCAGAGAGGCGUGCGUGAGUCCGAACUCCCGAAAGAAGCGAAAAACAUCCUCUUCGCCGUCGUCCACCUUCUCUUCGCCUGCGCUCUCGUGCUCAGCCUUUCUGCUGCCGCCGCGCCAGGUAGACCUCCCCGGGAGGAAACUCGAGCGGGAAGAGGAAGGCUGCGGAGACGGCGAGGCGACUCGGAGCAGAACUCAGCGCCCGCGCGGCCGGAGCGCCGACGCGCAGCGAGAGACCGAAGCCAGGCCCCGAGUCCUCUCGAAGCCAGGCAGGCGAGACGCAAAACAGGUCCGCUGCGGGGAGAAGAGCCCGGACGACGGCGACGUGGAACUGACUGACAGCGAGGACGCCGACGGGAAAGAAGUCCUUAUCAACUUGAUUGGAGCACUGAAUCAGUGCUUUCCGGACUACGAAUUCUGCAGCGCCUUGACUCCCGCGAUGUUCGAGCAGGCUGCGCGCGUCGAAGACGUCGAGGCGGAAAUCAACAAACGUCUGUGUGUCGUCGAGCGCGUCGUCCCUGGUUUUCUUCAGCAACUCUGGGCGGCCAUCAAGGCGAGCAUUCGCUUGGAGUGUACGGACAUUUAUUUUCUGCGGGUUGGGAGCAGCGACGAUCCGGCGCCGCUCGUUCUGUAUGACCCUGCGUCGUUUUCCCGGUCUUCGUCGUUUUCCUCCUCAGCUUCGUUUUCUUCGCUGUCCAGUCAGCCGCUGCGUCCUGUGGGCGACGGGCGGAAGUCGCCGGUGCUGUGGAGUGAGGAGGACUCGCACCGAGAAGAUAAGGAAGUUGUGUCGGAGAAGGACGGCCAGAAGGGACGCCGACGCGAGGCUCCGGGGGUAGCUCUCGCGCUGCGCGGCGGAAAGGCGCGCCGAAGAACGUCUGUCUUUGCGAAACCGCGGGAACUCGACGGAACCGUCCCCGGAGGCGCAACGUGCGGCUGGACCCAGUCAAACAGCAUUUCGCUCUUCUCCCUCUCCUUCUUCUUCCACGACCGCAGUGAAGAGAAGCUCCUUUUCUUCACCUGCAAUUGCACCUGCAAAGCGGCGGGCGGAGUCGAAGAAGGCGCCGCAGGCCUCGAAGAAGACGACGUUGGCGAUAUAUUUGUGACGAGGGCUGCUUUCGGCCUGGAUGAUAGAGACCACGACAACCCUACUGGAGAAGAGCGAGACGACUUCGGUGAAGAGGAAGACCCCGACACACUCAGCGAUUUGGAACUCCCUUCUUCAGCUUGUGCCUACGCGUGA